GAUCGAUGUUAGUAAGCUUGAGUGGCUUGCGUCUCUGGACGGUAUACCUAAGCAGCGUUCUGGACGCGAAGGCACGGGUAGUUGGGCUUGUUUUCUUGGAAGUAGGCUGCAUCCGCCAUAAUCUGCCUUGUACCUGGCAAGCCACGAUCUCCCUUUCGUUGUCGAUGUCAAAGGCCUUUCCCUUGUAUAGCCGAUGGUGGAUGCCUAUUAGCUGGCACGGAGCUACGGCCCCACGCGACCGGGUAGCUCGGAUCUCGUCUUUCUUGGGGUGGUACUGGAGGGAUACGCCGGGAGAAGCUCGAUCUGGCUGGCUUCCCGGAGGUGAGACAUCUUGCUGCUUGUAGCAUCGCCUAGGGUUUCCGCCUCGGAGUUUGGACAGCGUGUAUCAA